AUGACGAUGGUUGCUAUACCUUUGGUUACGUUACCUUUGGCUUCUUUCAAUAGCCGAAAGUUAUGCAUGGCAAUAAUUUUCAUGGCUUUUUUACUGUCUUUGAUGAAAAAUACUCAUGCUAAUGACAAAAACCACGACCAGACUUGCCAAGCUAUUACAAGAUUAUUUCUCUAUCAAUCGGAAUUUAAGGAGAAUAUUCCAAGCCAACCUCGAAAAGGAAACGAUUUACGAGUCUGUCCGAAAAUACAAACAUGCUGCACACCAUCGAUGGAAAACUAUCUUGUUAAAAUGGCAGAUAAAAAUUUCAAGGCUUUACUCAAUACUACUUCUGAUCAGUUUCCACAGCAACUUAAAAAGCAAUUAGAAAAUUUUAUGGAGAGGUUUAGUAUUUCCAUAGAAGGGUGUCAUUUGUCAAAAGUCGUCAUGGGUAUUAUGUCUCGAACGUUUAUUCAUGUACCAAUUGAAUUCAUAUUAAGGAUUCGCUUUACGUAA